CUCCAAAUGGUCAAAUAAUCGAUUAUUCCAUUUCUUCGCGACCGAAACCCUAAACAUCACCAGAUCUUCAACUCUCAUAGAUUGAUUUUUUGCAGAUCCGUCGGUGAUUCGGUUAGCAUACCAAGGCAGCGUCACUUUGUCCGAUCGUCCUUCCAAUCGAAAUGAGUGGAACCAAGAUUGUUGGUGCUCUUGUAGGAUCAUUUGUACUUGCAUUCACAUGCGAUUAUAUUAUCGCUGACAAGAAGAUUUUCGGAGGUACCACUCCAUCUACGGUUUCAAACAAGGGAUGGUGGGAAGAGACCGACAAGAAAUUCCAGGCAUGGCCUCGUACUGCGGGCCCACCCGUGGUCAUGAAUCCAAUCAGCCGCCAAAAUUUCAUUGUCAAGGCCCAUGAUUAAAAAUCCUAAAUUUGGUCAAUUUUUACCUCAAAUGCUUGCUUGAACUUUCUUUCUUAUGUCAUUACAAUUUUUAGUGCAUGAGAGUUUUAUAUUUUUGCUAAUACUCUGUAAACCAAGCAUUUCAUGCUGCAACUUGAAGUUUAAUAAAUCUUUGAUUGGCUUGUUUA